AUGGCAUAUAGUCCAGACAGAUCAGCUGAUGAAACACAUGACUCCAUAAAACGUCAACAGAGAUCAGCUGAUGAAACACAUGACUCCAUAAAACGUCAACAGAGAUCAGCUGAUGAAACACAUGACUCCAUAAAACGUCAACAGAGAUCAGCUGAUGAAACACAGGACUCCAUAACACGUCAACAGAGAUCAGCUGAUGAAACACAUGACUCCAUAACACGUCAACAGAGAUCAGCUGAUGAAACACAUGACUUCAUAACACGUCAACAGAGAUCAGCUGAUGAAACACAUGACUCCAUAAAACGUCAACAGAGAUCAACUGAUGAAACACAUGACUCCAUAAAACGUCAACAGAGAUCAGCUGAUGAAACACAUGACUCCAUAAAACGUCAACAGAGAUCAGCUGAUGAAACAUAUGACUCCCUAACACGUCAACAAAGAUCAGCUGAUGCUUGA